AUGGAGCUGGCUGACAUAAUUCGCCAGGCAGGUUUUCCGGCAGCUGCCAGGUACGAUGAAGCUGGGCAGCCGCAGCAUUUCUGGAAGCGUGCUUUUGGGUCACGACGCUCAAAGACAUUGCGCAACAGGGUGACCACUUAUAGGAAAUUGGGUGAAUGGCUUUUAGCAACUUUUGAUUUAUCUUGGCCGGCUAACUCUGAGAUGGUCUUGAGGUAUCUGGAAGAGAGACACGAGGUUAUGCUCUUGGGAAAGACAGUACCCAAGUCUGUAUGCAGUACGAUUGCCCUGUUGGAGACCGUAGGUCAGGUACCGAUGGAGCAGCGGAUUUGCGAGGACGUGUUGUUUACAGAGGGCAUUCGACAUUGGACGAUGACGCUCGAAGAAGAUGCUCCCCCAACAAAGCAAGCGCAGAUGUACAGCAUUGCAAUCUUGUUGUCGUGCGAGCUCAUGAUCUGCAUGGAUGAUGAAACCAUCGGUUUACGUUUCUACGCUUUCAUCUUGUUGCUGACUGUUUGGGCAACACUGCGAUUGGAUGAUCUACAACACGUGGACCCUAAGGAGAUGACCCUUUCACAGCUGGGGUUGAAAUUUCCACUGAACCGCACGAAGACAUCGGGAGCUGGAAAGCCAGUGGGGCGGCUGCAGGCGUUUGUUAGCAGAGCAACAUCACUCACUGGUUUUGAUUGGAUCCGCGCUGGAUGUGGAUUGUUGCGGGAUGCUGAGCUAGAUUUUCAGAGAGACUUCCUUUGCGUGAAUUUCGAACAUGGCUGGACAACGGCGCAGCGUGAGUAUGUGGGGGCCGAUGGAGUGGCUGUGAACAUCCGGUCGCUCUUGAAACAACUGCGAGCGCCAGUGCGCGGGAACAAUGGCAUGUGGCAAGCGUCUAGGCCAGGAUCGUUGGUGCCCGAAGAGCUGUUAACUUUCUGGACCGGACACUCAGGGCGCCACACGUUGCCAUCUUUGGCAGCGGCAUGCGGCGUCAGCAAAUCACAACGUGACUUCUUGGGGCGCUGGGCGGCGGCACAACAUGGAAGUUUUGACGACAUCCUGACGAGCAGACAAGUCGUGCAUGGGAUACAAUCUUCUGUGUGUCGUACGCUCCUUGAAGGGACUGGACCGCCAGGUUACGUGGAGGGGGAGUUGCACACGCUGAUGCAAGAGCAUGUGAAUGCUGCGCAAGGGCAACGUCAUGUGGUACGUGUAUUGCCAGCCGUGCGGGGAGGCUCGCCUGACGAGCGAGCUGUCAUGGAGGCAGUGGUUGAGGAGGAGACUGACAGCGGGGUUGCCCUGGGCCUGCAGUUUCGCUUGACGCAGGCAUUCCGGACCGUCAAGCGCUUUGCUGCAUAUGCUGAUGAUCGAGCUGGCGUGCGUACGGCUUUGCGAGACGAUCUGGCCUUGGAAGCAAAUAGUUUGGCCACGCGCGCAGCAGUAGCCUCCGUGGUGGGUGCCUGGGAGGCAUGCAGAGAUUACACGCAGAAGGAGACGGAGCUGAAAGCAGAGGCGAAGGUGAUGGGAAUCGUUCGCCCAGUGACACAAUCUGCGAAGGCUGCGAUGCGUGCUGCUUUCGAGGAGUUCAGCUCGCACGAGGCAGUGGCGUCCAUGCCCAGUGAGGUGACGAAUCGAAAGGCUGUCAAGACAGUGGGGCUGCAAACUUCAUUGGACAAAGGGGGACAAGUUCGUGUCUUGAAGACCCGCCAAAAGGGGCAACUGCCACAGACAACUGAGGAGUUUCGUGCACAACUGAACGUGGAGGGGAACACCUGGAUCCUCCUCAGCGCCAAAUUCCGCAACCGAAUCUUCUUCCGCGAUCUGACCCCAGCUACAUGGGACAAGUACACUUCGUACAUGCUUGGCGAGAAGGUCUACCUGAUGACCAUCCCCACUUCCAGCGGCAAGGGGAGAAGCGGUCAGGUUCCAAUCAGGCCCCCUUGGGCAAUCUUGCUCUCUUAUGAGUACGAACUUCGCAAAGAAGCUGUCAAGCGAGCCUACCACAACAACCGCUCCUUGGAUGAGACUCUGACCGACGUCGUUGCAUGUGCCCAGUUGAAAGAACAAUUCUUUACGUCCCCAAUCGCCCUCCAGAACUCUGUCGAGCAGGCACUUGCGGCUGAGUGGACUGCUAAACGUCCCCUUCCUGCCGAUGCAACCUGGGACAACUGGCGAUGGCAGAAGAAAGGGAAGCCGAAAGGAAAAGACAAGUGGAGCAGUGGUAAGGGCGACAAGGGCGACAGGAGCGAUGGCAAGGGCAAAGGGAAAGGAAAACUCACGGCAAACGCGCCGGACGGGCGGCAGAUCUGCUUCGACUACUCCACAGUGGGUUGCGAUGGCGUCCCUUUGGGGUGCCUUGCACCGGUGGAACACGUGGCCCAGGUGUUCCCUCUUCGCACCACUUACCGCAAGCUGGAUGAGAGUGUGUUGAUGAGGAGUGGUUUUGCUGGACCACAUGUGGUGCAGGUUGCUGAAGGUGGUUCUAUGGGAGAGGCAGUGGAGCAACGACAACCGGAUCGGAUGAAUGCUGCUGCGUCGUCGCAAGCCGGACCGGAAUCGUCGCACGAGCGUACGAAUGACUUCGGUGGCUACGUCUCAGGCUCCAGCAGGAAUGACAUCGGUGCCUGUAUCACAGGUGACUGCAAGUUUGACUUCGGCCACGUCAAGGCUCCCGCAGCCUAUGCAACAAGCGGUGCAACAGUUGGCUCAGCAGAGAACGGUGAUGAGAGUGGUUUCCCCGGUGAUGGAGCAUAUGAACGCGGGUGGUGGAAGUCAAUCAUUACAGUCCCCAUGGCAGAGUCCUCAACCGGAGCCUUCGCCUACCUACACUCCAUUGAUGUCUCCCGAGCUGAGGCAACAGAUGAGUGUGUGGACCCAUCAACCAAGCUUGUUGACUACUCCGAAGUGAUAAUGGAGGAGGUUCGAAAGCAAGUUCAAAUGGCGAUGCAGGCAAGGGAUGAGGAGGUUGCUGGUCUGAAAAGACAAAACGAGCAGUUGCAGAAAGCCCUACAGGAGUCGGCAGAGAUGGUUAGCGAUCUGGUCCAAGGUGGUGGAAUGUGUGCUGGAGAGCUGCGAGCCCAAGCCGAGGGUGAGGUUCAGAAGCCUCAGACCUUGGCUGGGAGUGUCUCUGGUGCUGCGACAUUCGGUGAUUGCCUGCUCGUGUUCAGUCUGGUGGGCAAGGUCUACCUGAACAAGAAGGAUGCUCCGGAGGCUGAGGCUGUGAAGGGUGGUGUGGAGUUGCAACCUAUGCCCCCGGUGACCAGCGACUCGGCGGUGGAGUUUGCGGAUUGGCUGUAUAUGGCGGAGCAGACUAUAGGGGGUUUGACCGACAGUGCAGCUUGGUGGUUUUCGGAGACUUUGAAAGGCGCGCGAAAGGCCUAUGAGCAGUGCCAGCUUGCUACUCCUAUGGAAAGGUUAGUGGUCAGGCCUCACAAGUCUCCUGAGCUCUCGGAAGACAAGUGGAACCGUUUGGAAAGAAGGGUUCUCACUUUGCUUUUGGCAGCAAUGCCGUCUGUGGCAAAGGAGGAUGCUGUGACGCACAGAGUUUCAAGUGCGGCAGCAGCUUUGUUCAGGCUGCAUGUGCUUUACCAGCCAGGUGGAGCUUCAGAAAGAGCUACCAUUCUCAAGCAGCUCGAGGGCACUUCUGCUGGAGUGGAUCCGAACGAUGCAGUGACCCAACUUCGCAAGUGGUGCAGAUACCUCGAGCGGGCAGAAGAAAGUGGCAUCACGGCGCCGGAUUCCAGUGUGCUCUUGAGGGGUGUGGAGUGCAUCAUUCAGAAGGCUGUGGAUAAGAACCAUGAGGUCAAGCUUCGUCUUUCCCUGGCCAAGAUUGAGCUGCAACUACAAGGUCGGCCCACUCGUGUAGCUCUGAUGAAGUUUGUCAACCAUGCUCUUGCAGAGCUACAGCAGAUUUCUCCGGGAAGAACAAGGAACCUGUCAAGUGGUGGUGAUCCAAGGUUGAAGGCUAUGAAUACGAGUCAAGCUGGAGGAGAGGCAACAUCUCCAGGAUCUCCUUCGGGGCCUUCGCCAAAAUCGAGAUCUUCGACUUCAACCAAGACUCCUUGUAAAUUCUUCGCCUCGGAUGCUGGAUGUCGACGGGGAACGAGUUGCCAGUAUGGUCAUGAGUUUGCGAGCAAGGAGGAGAAGCGAAACCGGUGUUGGUUCUGCGGCUCCAAGCAACAUCGUCAGAGCGAGUGCCCGGCGAAGGAGAGUUUGAAGACAAACAAGAAUCCCAAGGCCAAGGCUGCUGCGUUGCUUGCCGCUCCUACUGGGUCCUCUACGUCUUCUACUACCACUGGUGAUAAUGUCGGGCAACUCGAACACCAUGGUUCCCAACCUGCCACCUCUUCGGGGUUGAACGUUGAAUCUUCGAGUUCCACUAUGCCGGCUCCCUCCUCGGCAACUUCAACGAGCUCUGAUCCCGACCUUAAGGCUCUCCUUCAAGAAGCGAAUGCCAUGUUGAAGAAGAUGAACAAGUUGUCCAUGCUGAAGCUUACGAGCUUUGAGGAGGUCAAGAAAGAGCUUGAUGAGAGGGGCAUGUUGGAAGGAGAGAUGGCCUUGUUGGACUCGGGAGCGUCGCACGUCUUUCGUCUUGGUUCUGAGUUUGAGCUCAAAGAUGCAGUGGACGUAUGUGUUCAGUUGGCUGAUGGAAAGGUCAUUGUCCUGAAACAGAACAAG